UAUGCGCCCUGGCGUCGUCUCCAAAGGAAGCGGUGUGCUCGGCGGACAGACGAGGGGAGGAGGCGGCUGCGGCGACAUUUCCGGCCGGGCCGGCUGCUGCGGGAGGUGGGGCUAGGAGGCAGCAGGAGGGGCGCUGGGAGCCGGGUGACAAUGACUGAGCAGCAGAGCUUUAAAUUAGGGGAGGAGGAAGAGAGUGCGGCGGCCGGCUGUAAUCUGGGAUAAGAGGAUACAGGCUCUCUGUCCUCGCAUACAGGGGCAUAUCAUAUACUGUACCACUGCCGCCGCCUGCUGUGUGACUGUCCCGCUGCAGUGAUUGGAGGCUCCCAACAUGGACAUACAGGCAACUUUAUUGGAUUAUAAGGCAAUUGCGCUAAAGUAUUUUCUAGAUGCCAGAAAUUUUGUAAACGAGUCCUGCAAAGAACUUGAACCAUGCCACCUUAUCGUGCUGACACUUGCCUCCACACUGAUAUCUGUAUGGGUAUAUGACUUUAUAUUUCAACAGGAGAGUCUGACAUCGAGGUGUAAAAAACAAUUUUUCCGAAUAAUAAAACGAUUGCCAUUCAUUGGUUCAAAAAUCCAGAAGGAGUUGGAUAAAGCUUUAAAUGAAAUGGCACAUGUUGUGUUAAAUGUGAAAGGUGGAAUGAGCUUUGUGACCGCUCUCCCUCACACUGGGCUCAAACAGGAGCAAGUAAUGGAAAAGCUAAAAGAAUACUCUGCCCUAGGUGAGGUGUCCUGGGAACAGGGAAAGGUGUCUGGAGCUGUUUAUAGUGGAGAUGAACGGCUGACCCAGCUGUUCGUAAAGGUGUAUGAAGAGUUUGCAUGGAGCAAUCCUUUACAUCCGGAUAUUUUCCCUGGUGUGCGUAAAAUGGAAGCAGAAGUCGUAAGAAUGGCAUGCACCCUUUUUAACGGAGGGCCUGAUACUUGUGGGGCAGUUACAUCCGGAGGGACAGAAAGCAUCCUUAUGGCCUGCAAAGCAUACAGAGAUCUGGCACUUGAGAACGGAAUUAAGCACCCAGAAAUCAUUGCUCCUGUAAGCGCCCAUGCUGCAUUUGACAAAGCGGCUCAUUAUUUUGGAAUGAAGAUGGUGCACAUCCCCCUGUGCAAGAAGACUAUGAAAGUGGAUGUGAAGGCAAUGAGAAGGGCCAUUUCUAAGAACACCGUCAUGUUGGUUUGUUCAGCUCCCCAGUUUCCUCAUGGUGUUAUUGAUCCAAUAGAAGAUGUAGCUAAGCUGGCACUGAAAUACCAAAUCCCAUUUCACGUGGAUGCUUGUUUGGGUGGGUUCCUCAUUGUGUUUAUGGAGAAAGCUGGUUUCCCUCUUCCGCCAUUUGACUUCAGGGUAAAAGGAGUGACUAGCAUCUCUGCAGAUACCCACAAGUAUGGUUAUGCACCCAAAGGAUCCUCAGUGAUACUGUAUAGGAACAAGGACUAUAGGAAAUAUCAGUUCUUUGUUACCUCCGACUGGCCUGGUGGCCUCUACGCAUCACCUUCCAUAGCUGGUUCUCGUCCUGGUGGAAUAAUAGCUGCCUGUUGGGCGACCAUGAUGCACAUUGGAGAGAAUGGAUAUGUUGAAGCCACUAAAAAUAUCAUUAAUACAGCACAAUUAAUCAGAAAAGAGUUGCAAAAGAUUAAGGAAAUCUUUAUUUUUGGGAAUCCCGAGGUAUCAGUGAUUGCACUUGGUUCAGAUGUUUUUGACAUCUAUCGCUUGUCAAACUCCUUGACAGCGAAAGGCUGGAAUCUGAAUACUCUCCAGUUUCCUUCUAGUAUUCAUAUAUGUCUUACACUGCUGCAUACAAAACCUGGAAUAGCACAAAGUUUUGUCAAAGAUGUUCAAGACUCUGUGUCUGAAAUAAUGAAAAAUCCUGGAGCCAAAACUACCGGCGUGGGUGCUAUAUAUGGGAUGGCACAGACCAUUCCAGACAGGUCCAUGGUUACAGACAUCUCCAAAGCUUUCCUGGACUGCUUGUAUCUCACAGAAAUGCCUUCAAGUACCAAACAGAUAAAUGGUUCCCCUGGACACCACUAGGCACAACUACUUUCCUAUGAGCGGUACUAUGCAGAACGGUUACACAGGGCAGCAGGAGCUCACAAAAAAUGUUUUUUUUGUUUUUUUUUACUUUUUUGUAUCUUUUUAAAAGGGAUGUGUGUCUGAGCUAAUCUCCCCCCCCCCCCCUUCCCCAAAUAGCAAAGGUACUUGUAGCCUAGAAAUGUUUGUUCUUUACUGUAUAGUGUAACCUUUGCAUAAUUUAUUUGCAGCAUAAAUACUUUAAAAUAUUUGUAGAAA